GAGAUUCAUCAUCAUUAUCUUGGUCAUAUAAUUCAAAAUGAAAUUAUACUUUUGCUUGCUAAUGAAAUUAAAUCUAAAAUUAUUGGAAAGAUAAAACAAGCAAAGUAUUUUUCUGUUAUUCUUGAUUGUACUCCCGAUAUAAGUCAUCAAGAACAAAUGUCAAUGAUACUAAGCAGAAAGAAGCUUUUCGAAGUUGAAGUUGUUGAAGUCUUAUUUGCGCUCUACAAUGACAUAAGAGAGGCUUAACGGGUUAGCUAUGUUGGCAAUUGAGAAUAACUUUUUGGAGGAUGCAAAGAUGGAAGAACUAAUAGAGGAUUUUAUUUCAAAUAAUACUAGACGGUUGUUACUUUUCAAACAAUGAUCGAUAAUAUUAUCCCUAUUGUAAUAAUUUUCUGAAC